GAGUGGUUGAACCCCAAGCCACUUCCAUGGACUAUUCACUCCCCUCAAAACCCUAACCCUUCUCGAAAACUCCGAUGCCGUUGACAAAAUCCAAAAAUCUACGGAGAAUUCCAUCACAAUUAACAAAAAUCCACCCAUCCAGCAUUUUUCACCGUUUUAUCACCACCAUUUCCUGAUUCAACUCCAAAGGUCUAAUCUCAAGUUCCACAUCCAAAAAUCCAUGGCGGUCGUAUCCAAUUCAAGGGUGUUUAUGCAAGGGAUCAUUGGGAAGAGCCCAGGUACUGGUUUGGGAAAUCUGGUUUCUGGUGUUUGUUUUCGUACUAGUGGUGUUCGUUCUGGCAUAAAGCUUGGAGUUCGGGCAACGAUGCAAGUGGGUUUGGAGGAGGUGAAGAGUUCUCAGUUGCCUAAUAGCGUUGAUGGGAAUUUGGGGUUUGAUGUGGUUUCGGAGGGGGAGUUGAGGGAGAAGGGGUUUUUAGGGAUGAGGAAGACCAAGCUGGUGUGCACAAUCGGGCCUGCGUGUUGCUUGUUGGAGGAUUUGGAGAACUUGGCGUCGAGCGGGAUGAAUGUUGCGAGGCUUAAUAUGUGCCAUAACACCUGGGAGUGGCAUCGGGAUGUGAUUAGGAAGAUCAAGAGGUUGAACGAGGAAAAGGGGUAUUGUGUUUCAGUGAUGAUUGAUACUGAGGGCGGUCAGAUCCAUGUGGUUGAUCAUGGGGCUCCUUUCUCUGUCAAAGCCGAGAAUGAGUCGAUCUGGUUGUUCACCACUCAAAAAUUUGAGGGUUCUCGUCCAUUCACUGUUCAAGCAAACUAUGAAGGAUUUUCCGAAGGUAUUACAGUGGGUGAUGAAGUUGUUAUUGACGGUGGAAUGGCAAGCUUUGAAGUAAUCGAAAAGAUCGGAAAUGAUUUGCGUUGUAAGUGCACAGAUCCUGGUCUUCUCCUACCUCGUGCCAAGUUGAGCUUUUGGAGAGAUGGAAAGCUGGUGGAGAAAAAUUAUGAGCUUCCCACCAUAUCAACCAAGGACUGGGCUGAUAUCGAGUUUGGAAUUUCUGAAGGUGUUGAUUUCAUUGCAAUGUCAUUUGUAAAGGAUGCCAAUGCCAUCAAGCAACUCAAGAGCUACCUCUCCAACAAAUCAUCCAAAUCUAUAGGAGUUCUGGCAAAAAUUGAGAGCUUGGAGUCACUUCAGCACUUGGAAGAGAUCAUAGAAGCUUCUGAUGGUAUCAUGGUGGCACGUGGUGAUCUUGGAGUUGAGAUCCCACUUGAACAGAUUCCAGUAGUCCAAGCGAAGAUAACCCAUGUUUGCAGACAACUAAACAGGCCUGUUAUAGUUGCUUCUCAACUCCUUGAGUCAAUGGUUGAAUAUCCAACACCAACCCGUGCAGAGGUUGCAGAUGUUUCUGAAGCUGUUCGACAGUAUGCUGAUGCCUUAAUGCUGUCUGGUGAGUCAGCUAUUGGCUCAUACGGACAGAAGGCACUCUGUGUCUUGCGGAUGGCCAGCAGCAGAAUGGAACUAUGGAGUCGUGAGGAGAACCGCCAGAGUGCACUGCAUCAGCAACAGCUUGGAGUAUCUUUGCCCGACCGGAUAGCUGAGCAGAUUUGCAAUUGUGCUGUGGAAAUGGCCGACAACCUUGGUGUGGAUGCCAUCUUUGUAUACACAAAGCAUGGUCAAAUGGCAUCACUCUUGUCACGCAACCGUCCAAACUCUCCCAUAUUUGCCUUCACUGACAACCACAGCACCCGAAUGAGUAUGAAUCUGCAAUGGGGAGUCACCCCUCUCCUUGUUGAAUUAUCAGAGGACAUGGAAGCUAACAUCACAAAAACCAUUGAUCUCAUAAAAAUGAAGGGGGUAUUGGAAGAGGGCGACACGGUUUUGGUGGUCUCAGAUAUCACUCCAUCUUGUGCAACCCCAAAGGCUUUCCAGUCAAUCCAAGUGAAGACCAUUGUCUAGGAUGAUACAUCUCUUCCGCUCUGCUUUUCAACAAUCCACAUAUCAAAUGGCAAAGCCAUAGAGGAAGAUGAGUCACAGGAGGAGGAUUGCAGUGUGGAAAUACAUAUGCUGAGAUCUAUGGUAGGAAGACCUAUUACUUGUACUGAAAUUUUUUUCUUGAACUUAAUGGUUUCUUGGGUUCAAUUCUAGGAGGUUUGUGUCUUAUGUUUCUCCACUGAAAUCAGAGGUUUGGGCUUCUCACAUUCAUAAAAUUUUCAAUUUGCUC